CAAAUCCCCAUUGACAAACACUUCCUUCGCCCUAAUCAGAAAACAAACGUCGUCGCCGUAGCCCCGUAGGUUACUGGUUCGACUUUCGAUGGCUUCGGCGCUCCGCAGGCUUCUCAGAAAAUCGCCACCCACGAGACUCAUCGCCGCUCUACAGAAUCCACAAGCCCCAAAUCUAACAGUACCUCUUGUUUUCCACCAAACCCAUCUCAUCGAACCCACCAAUGCUAGCACGUGUCUGGGUUCAGUCAAAGCGGAGAACUUGAUCCAUUCCCAGUUCUCACACAUUUACCCGAGCUUUCCAUUUGGGUUUUACUUGAACCCGAUUUGCUCAACUGGGUCGGUCCCGUCCGAGGCGGAGGAUGCGGCGUUGCAUGAUUGGCGGACGGUGUGGGCGGACAGUGUGAAGAAGAAGAGGAAGAGAAAGAUGAACAAGCACAAAUACAAGAAGCUGAGGAAGCGUCUCAGGAGGCAGACUUAGGUGGGUUUUUUUAGGUGAGAGUUGAUGAUGUUUUGGGAAUGUAUCAGAUUUGGUAAUUGUUUAAUUUGAAAGUUAGCUGUUUUGAAAUGAAAAGUUCCCACCUUAAUUAUUCUUUUGGCAAUGAUGGCGGAAGAGAUUGUUUAAAUCCUAAAUGGGGUUAUUUUGUAUUGUCACUUUUCCUUUUGGCAAUAAGAAGAAUUCUUGGAGUUCAUUUUACUGAUAACUUUGGUUUAUGUGUAUUUCUUGGUUGUGGAAUAGGACGCGUGUAAUGGGUUUAUGCUCUUGAAUGUCUGCAUGUAUAUGCAAAACUAUGUAUUUUGGUGUGGAUUGUAGCAUAUGUUUGUGUAGCAAUUCUAGCAUGUUUUGCUUAUGGUUAACUGUUAAUGCAAGCUUCGGUCCUUUUGCUA